GAAAAACUUAACCGUAAAAAAAAGUAAAUAUUGUGAUGCAGUGAAAAUAAUUGAAUUAGACUAUUAAAAUGGCAAGUUUGGACAGCUUAGACAUGGAAGAGGACAUGACAGCAUCAGAAAACACCGAAAUUCUAUCAAAUUCAAUCGAUUUUGAGAAGGAGAAUGCAGAUAAAUUAUUGGAAGAAAAAUACAGUUUGAAGGAAAAUGUUAUUGAAUUAAAGAGAAAUUCUAUUGGACUCAAAACCUUAAGUGAGAUGAAUGGAAAGGAUAAUCUUAUAAUUGACUUGGAAAGUGGAACAAUUAAGCCCAAAAAACUUACUGGUCCUGAAAUGUUGUUUCAGAAUUAUCUUAAAACACAGGCCAAACCAAAGCACAAAGAUACAGUGUGCAUGAAUAUUUUAAGUAUUGAGAACGGAAAGCUUGAAAAUCAAAAAGUGGAAGUAAGACUUGAUAAGGAAGUUGAGUUCGAUCAUUCACGACCAGGAACAUCACGUGAAAAGUUGAAAGAAAAUCUACGUAAUCAAAUUUUACAGCAACGACUAGAAAAGCUUAAAAAAAGAUUUGUGAAGUCUGAAACAGCGGAAUUAGAACCAGAAGAUAAAGAGCAUUUUCCACACAAAAAGGAAGACAUUGAUGAAGAUUAUAAUCCAGAAAAUGACAAUAGUGGCGAUGAAUCAGCACAAGAAACUACUAGUGACGAAGAAGAGGAUGCAGUCACGCAAAACAAGUCUAAAAAGAAAAGUGAUGGCUCUAAAUUCUUGGACGAAGAGGCAGUUGAUGAGGACGAAAAUGAAGAAGAAUCAAGUGAGUCUGAAAGCGAGUCAAGUGACGACGAUGAGGCUGAAAUUGAUCAGCCUAAUACAGCACAAAAGAAAAGUCGUAUUUUAAAGGCUUUCGAGGAUUCAGACGACGAGGAAUCUAAAGUUAAUACAAAGGCACAAACAGAUGAAGUAGAUAAUGUGCAGCUACAAGCUCAAUCGAAUGAUCAAAAUGAAAAGGAAUUUUCACAAAACCUUCAAGUUUCAGAGGAUUUGUUUAAUUCACAAGCUACUGAUUUUACGUUUAACGAGCCAAGCGUUUCGGAAGAGAUUGAUGGAAAUAAUAUUAAUGCACUAUUUGAUCCACCAUCACAAGCAAUUGAAAAUGAUGACGAUUUAAUGGGUUUAUGUUCUGGUCAGUUUGUAUCUACACCUUCAGAAAUUAUCCUGACAAACAACGACUUUAAAUUCUCACAAAACAUCACAGCAGCUGAAUCGCAGGAUGAUUUCUCAGAUUUUAUUACACAAGUUCCUGACAAAGCAAUACAAGACAAUGAUUCUUUUGUAAUGGAUGUGUCAGAUCGCAUUGAGAAUCAACCAGGGCUUCAAAAUCCAACAGAAAAUGAUUCAAAUGUAACUGAAAUGAAUUCCGAAGUUAAUCAUGAAAGCAAUAAAGUCCAUCCAAUUAAGAAAUUGAAUAAAUUAUUGGAAUCAACGGAUGAAGAAACAGAAGAAAAUGCUGUAAAUCGAAAAAAGAAACUUACAAAAAGAAAGAAUAAAAAGAAUAAAGUUAAGAAAUUAGGUUUUUCGGACGAUGAAGAUGAAAGUGAUCAAAAUGCAGUUGACGCUGAUUUAUUAGACGAAGAAUCAUUGAUUGAUAUGCCUGAAAGUGAGCUAGAUGAACCUGAAACGUAUGUUGAUUAUGAUUCUGAGGAAAAUGAAGUACAAGUAAAAUUGACAAAAAAGGAACGACUAAAGGCAGCAAAAGAUUAUUUCGAGAAGGAAGCAGAACUUUCUGAAGAAGAAUGGCAAAGUGCCGAUGAAGACGAAAAAGGCUUAGAUAAUUAUGAAAUGGAUUUAGCUGACGAAGAACAAUUUGAUCAAAACAAAUUACGCGAAGAAGUCGGUCGUAUUCAUGCUAGAAAAAUGAUGGACGAAGAUGCAAAAGAUCUUAAGAAAAUAGAAAACCUUUUAUUUGAAAACGAGGAAGAUGAUGGAAUUGGCCGUGAAAGAAAAUUCCGAUGGAAAAAUCAGGCAGAAGGUUUUACAAUGGUAGACGAAAAUGCUCGCGAUGCCGACGAUAUUGAAGGUGAACAAGAAGAAGAAAAUGAGAUAUUGUGGCGUAAAAUGAGACACGAACGAGAAAUGUUAAUAAACGAGCAGUCACAGAAAAUGGCAGACAGUGAAACUAUGAGUACCGAUAUCUUACUUUUGGAUCAAAGUAGUCAGACAGUAACAACUGCAAAUACAUCAACUUUAGUUAAAAGAAAAUUUAAAAUCAUCAAAACAAAUUCACCGUCAAUUGGAUUGAAUUUAAGCUCAGAAAAUAGCAAGUCAGAAUCAUCAUUUUUAAUUAAAGCUGUAAGUACGAAGAAAUUCACACAUUCGUCAUUCCUGUCGAGAGAUGAGCACACAUUAACCAAAAUUGCUAGUUUUAUAACAACUAAAGAUGACGAAGUAACAAAUUUAAGCUCGCAUGGUGGAAAUUCCAUGAGUUUUGCACCAAUUGAAAAGAAAGAAGAACCUAGUAAAAAGCGAAAAUCUGAAGUAACUGUCAACAGAGAAAAUACAAGCGGAAAGAAAAGAAAAGUUGAGAAUCAGCGGUUCUUAUUAGACCAAUUGAAGUAAUCGGCAAGAAUUAUUAUUAAAAUUUUUGUAAUUUAAGCAAUAAGAUUAUAUAGCGUAAGCAAUAAAUUAAAUAUUUC